GAGUUAGCAACACUGAAAACCUCCAGAAGGAAGGCUCUCAUUAAGGUACCUUUGUGACCAGACCCUUCUGCUUGGAUGGAUUCUACACUGGAGCCCAACGUGACAACAGUAACUGACUACUACUAUCCUGACAUCAUCUCAAGCCCCUGCGAUGGGGAACUUACCCAGAGAGACAGCAAGUUGCUUCUGGCCGUCUUCUACUGUCUCCUGUUUGUAUUCGGUCUUCUGGGAAACAGCCUGGUCAUCCUGGUCCUUGUCGCCUGCAAGAAGCUAAGGAGCAUCACGGAUGUGUACCUCUUGAACCUGGCCCUGUCCGACUUGCUUUUUGUCUUCUCCUUCCCGUUUCAGACGCACUAUCAGCUAGACCAGUGGGUGUUUGGGACUGUGAUGUGCAAGGUGGUCUCUGGCUUUUACUACAUCGGCUUCUUCAGCAGCAUGUUCUUCAUCACCCUCAUGAGUGUGGACAGGUACCUGGCUGUGGUCCACGCCGUACAUGCCAUAAAGGUGAGGACAGCCAGGAUAGGCACAGCCCUGAGUCUGGCAGUGUGGCUGACUGCUCUCUUGGCUACCAGCCCACUCCUAGUAUUUUACCAAGUGGCCUCUGAAGAUGGCACUCUACAGUGUUACUCCUUUUAUGAUCAACAGACUUCGAAGUGGAAGCUCUUCAUCCACUUUGAAAUGAACAUCUUAGGCCUGUUGAUCCCGUUCACCAUCCUUCUGUUCUGCUACAUUAGCAUCCUGUACCAGCUGAAGAGGUGUCAGAACCACCACAAGACCAAGGCCGUCCAGCUCGUGCUCAUCGUGGUGGUGGCCUCUUUGCUCUUCUGGGUCCCCUUCAAUGCGGUCCUCUUCCUUUCUUCCCUGCACAGCAUGCGCAUCUUGGAUGGAUGUGUCAUGAGCCAGCGGCUGAUUUAUGCCACCCACGUCACAGAAACCAUUUCCUUCACCCACUGCUGUGUCAACCCUAUUAUCUAUGCUUUCAUGGGUGAGAAGUUCAAGAAGCACCUCUCAGAAAUCUUUCAGAAAAUUCGCAGCCACAUCAUCUACACAGGGAGAAAAAUCUCUGGGGAGGCCUGGGAGAGGUCAUCUUCCUCCCAGCACUUCUCCCGUUCCUCCAGUGUGGACUACAUUUUGUGAGGAUGAUGCCUUAAAGCAGGCCACUGCCUCCGUCACCAGACCUCCUCCGGGAGACAAAAAUGAUUCACAUUGGAGUCUGAGGCUACAUGAAUGAUACUCUUAGAAAUUCAGUUCUAGACAUGUUGACUGAAAUAAAUGCACAGCCUACAAGUUAAGAGUUAUGUUUUAUUUGGUGGGAGGACUCCAGCUGGGAUGACAGCCUCUCAGAUCACUCUGAGGGACUGC